AUGGACCUCGCCUGUGAUCCCACCCAGCCGCCGCCGGCAAAGCGCACGAGCACGACGGGAACAAACUGCACCACCAUCGACUCCCUCGGCGACGACAUCCUGCGGGAGAUCUUGCUUCUCCUCCCCUCCCUCACGGCGCUCAUCCGCGCCGCCUUCACCUGCCGGGCGUGGCGCCGCGCCGUGGCCUCCUCGUCGUCCUUCCGCCGCCGAUUCCGCGCCCUCCACCCGUCGCCUCCCCUCGGCCUCUUCUUCACGCGGCCCAGGUCCGUCCACCGUCCCAACGUCCCUGCCCUCCCCGACUUCGUGCCGACCCGUCGCCCCGAUAAGGACCUGGCCGGCGCCGUCCGCUGCGGCGACUUCUUCAUCACCUCCAUCCCGGAUCGCCGCGGCGAAACACCCUGCUGGGAUAUCGUCGACUGCCGCGAUGGCUUCCUCCUCCUCAAUGAUUGGGACAAUGCGUUGCUUGCCUUGUUCAACCCAUACUCAAGGUGGAGCCGUGGGGUCUUCGACAUGCCGGAUGGGGAUAUCUUUGGGGAUUACCGUGGAAUUUUCGGCCUCCGUAGUAUCCACCUGAUCUACUCUGACGAGGAACCCAUGUCGUUCCGGGUGGUGUGCCUUGUCUAUGAUGAGUCCAGGGUGAGGGCUUUGGUCUUCUCCCCCUCCGAUACCAGGGGGUGGCACAUUGGCCCAUGGGUGGAGGUCUCUCCGACGCCGCAGACCGACUCGGAGUGGCUUGAGGAGGGCAUGCAGGCUAAUGGGUUGUUCAUCUUCUGGGUUUGCGUGGAUCUGAAGAUUGUGGUUACAUUGAACACUACUACUAUGGAGUUCUCGGUUGAUGAGUUCCCACAAUGCUUGACGGCGGUAGAUCAAGACAUCAGCUUUGAUGUGGGUGAAACCAUGGAUGGUGCACCUUGCAUUGUUUAUGCAGUUGGACUCAGCAUUGGUGUCUUGUUGCGCAAAGCUGAUGAUGAUGGUGUUGAGAAAUGGGUGCAAGACAGGGUAGUUCCUUUGGAAACACAGCUUGCCCGGAUAAUCGAGGACCUACCACUACCAGGUGACCUCCAACUAAAUGUUGCUGCAAUCAGGAAUGGCUUUGUCUACUUGGCAACGUCGGAUAUGUACCAUGAGCCCCAAAAUCCUUGUUGGUUCCUGUCCCUUUGCUUGGAAACAAUGGAGCUGGAAAUGUUGUUCCAGAGGACAUUUGACAACCAAAUUUAUCCCCGUCUUACCAUGGCCCCGUUCUUUAGUAGGUGA